AUGGCCUCCAGUCUCAAACUUGGCUUGAUUGCCCUACUCGGUGCGACUGCUGUCAACGCAGCUCCCGCCGCUGAGCCCGUUCUUGGAACCUCUCUCCUUACUUCUCGUGCUUCUUGUACCUUCUCCGGCUCCAGCGGUGCUGCGGAAGCCAUCAAGAGCAAGACCUCUUGCUCAACCAUUACCCUGAGCAACGUCGAAGUCCCGGCCGGAACUACUCUGGACCUGACAGGACUCAAGUCCGGUACCACCGUCAUCUUCGAAGGAACCACCACCUUCGGUUACAAGGAAUGGGAAGGUCCUCUGGUCUCCGUCUCCGGAACCUCCAUCACCGUCCAGGGUGCCUCAGGCGCGCAGCUCAACGGUGAUGGUGCCCGCUGGUGGGACGGCAAGGGAACCAACGGCGGCAAGACCAAGCCCAAGUUCUUCUACGCUCACAGCUUGACCAACUCCAAGAUCGAGAACAUCUACAUCAAGAACUCCCCCGUGCAGGUCUUCAGCAUCAACGGCGCCAAGGAGCUGACUCUUAGCGGAAUCACCGUCGACAACGCUGACGGUGAUAGCAACGGCGGCCACAACACCGACGCUUUCGACGUCGGCUCCAGCAACGGUGUCUACAUCACCAGCCCUAUCGUCCACAACCAGGAUGACUGCCUGGCUGUCAACUCCGGCACUAACGUCCACUUCACUGGCGCUCAGUGCACUGGCGGCCACGGUAUCUCCAUCGGCUCCGUCGGUGGACGCUCCGACAACACCGUUGACGGUGUCACCGUCGAGAGCUGCACCAUCAAGGACUCCGACAACGGCGUUCGCAUCAAGACCGUCUACGGCGCCACCGGUGCCGUCAAGGGCGUCACCUACAAGGACAUCACUCUCUCCGGAAUUGCCAAGUACGGUAUCGUCAUCGAGCAGGAUUACAAGAACGGUAGCCCUACCGGAACCCCCACCAGCGGUGUCCCCAUUACCGACUUGACCAUCGACAACGUCCACGGAACUGUCGCCAGCAGUGGUGUCGAUACCUACAUCCUGUGUGCUUCUGGUGCUUGCUCCGACUGGUCUUGGAGCGGCGUUAGCAUCACCGGUGGUCAGACUAGCAAGAAGUGCAAGGGUAUUCCCAGCGGUGCUAGCUGCUAA